AUGCCAUUCUCAAACAUGCAACACAUGAAGGAGGAGGGAGAGGCAGGACAGUAACAAACAGACAGCUGAUGUCUGCAGACGGCUAAGCUUAAAGGUAAAAGAGUUUCAGCAGCAACACCAGCAUCAAAAGAGUGGAUUACUACUGGACAUAAACAUGAUUUUCUUUGUGCGUUCUUCCUCAUAAAUCGUGCAAAAAUCCACAGAGUCAUCCUGGCUGUGUGCACUGACUUCUUCCGUGGCAUGUUCACCUCUGGGAUGAUCGAGACCUUUCAGCCCUGCGUGACCCUUCCUUUCCUUUUGGCUUCAGAGCUGGAGGUGCUGAUUGACUGCUCUUACAGCGGGACUCUCCCCCUCAGCUGGAAAUGUGUUUUCGAGAUCACCUGUACUGCUCUCCAGCUCCAAUACCAACCGGCCCUCUCCUUGUGUCUUAACUUUCUGCAUCAAGAAAUAAAUCCUCACUCCUGCCUGGAUGUGGCAUCUUUUGCAGAGGCCUACGAGAUGCCGCAGCUUCUUGAAGUCGCAGAUGAUUUCGUCCUGCUGAAUUUCCAAAAGGUUGCAUGCGUCUCAAAGCUCAACGACUUGUCAGCCAAAAAGCUCCUAAAGUACCUGAAGAGUCCGUCACUCUGUGUUUCAUCUGAGCUCGUUGUAUUCAAAGCAGUGGUAGCAUGGAUCGAGGCAAAGCCCGAAACAAGGUUGCCGUUUGCUAAAACACUAAUGAAAACCAUCAACUUUCCCCUGAUGACAGUCGAGGAAUUCAAUGAAGUCAAAUAUCUGACCAUGUGGUCCGAUCACAACCUGUCACUCUAUGAGACAAUUCUUGAUGAUUUCAGCUCCGAAAAGAGUCAUUGCCGGGUCUAUCAACCGAAAGAGACUCUAGUCUUGAUUGGAGGUGAUCAGAUCUCUGAAGACCUGAGGGGACGCAGCAUCAGCAGAGAACUCUGGGGUUUGAAUGCGCUAAGGAUCUAUACAGGGCGGAAAAAGGCCAUGGACUGGAAAAAGUUGGCAGAGAUGCCAGAGCCAGAGAGGUUCUCUCAUGAGGUGGCAGUCCUCAAAGGACAACUAUACGUGUUGGGAGGCAAGCACUAUUACGGCAUCAGCGACAACCUGAACUCUGUUUUGAGGUAUGACCCUCUUCAAAACAGCUGGGAGAGCCUGACUGAAAUGCAGAAAGACAGAGGCUCUUUCUCUGUGGUGGUUCUAGAUGGAAUGAUAUAUGCCAUUGGCGGACAUUGUGACCCUGAAUAUAUGGAGAGUGUGGAACGAUACUGCCCCACUGAGAACUCUUGGAGCUUCACAUGGCCCUUGGAUCUGCCUCUGGCUGGCCAUGUAGCAAAGGCUUUUCAAGGGAAGAUAUUUAUCUCAGGAGGGCUGAGCAGCAUCUCCCAACAUCUAUCAUCUAUGUUUCUGUACCACCCAGAGACAGGAAGCACUUAUUUGGCAAACAUGGCUAAACCUCGAGCCCAUCACUGCAUGGAGAUCCUGGGCGAACGUCUUUAUGUUGCGGGUGGAAUCACUUCAGAUGAUAACAUGGGUAUGGCUGACCUGCUAACUUGUGAGGUAUACAAUCCAGUGGCUGACUCCUGGACUGCCUUCACAUCUCUUUCGGUGCCACAUGUAACUGCAGGAGGAGCAGUUUUGGGGGGAAAGUUUUAUGUGCUGGGUGGAUACAGCCAUGAGGACUUCAGUGAAACUAAGUUGGUCCAUUGUUAUGAUCCCACCACAAAGAGAUGGGAGAACAUGGGCAAUAUGCCUGGUCCGAACAGUGACAUACGGGCAUCUGUGCUGUGUUUGCCACCACAUUUCCGUAUGUAA